AUGUCUUUAGGUGGCUCAUUCUCACGCAGCCUCCCUCUCAUCGAAGACCUAUUUGGGUUGCUGAGCCUUGAGGACCAUGAUAGUGGUCCGUUAUAUACCGCCGCUGCUGUUGAAGAUCAAGACAUUUUCGACUGUCUCAUGAGCGGGGAUAUGGAAAGGUACCAGAAGCUUUUCCAACAGCGCUGUCCUAACGACAAUCCCGCGCUCCCCUUAUUUGCGAAAGAGAAUCUCUUUCUCUUUCCUACCGUUACGGCGUCGCCACCACCUUCACCGGACGGUAGUGACAUAUCUUUUGCACGAUACCAAGCCGAGGUGGCUCACAUAUUGUCUGCGGAUCCGCCAUUCGACGCUGCGACGACCGUCCACUUCUCUGAGACCGGAGAGCUCGUGUCUGGAGCCCGCUCGUCCUCUGAGCCCUCAAGUUCUGACUGGUAUGAGUCGGAAGAGAUGUCGGAUUCUCUGUUCUCUGGGCGACUGACCCCAAUCGAAAACUCGGACGAUGAAACCGACUCCGAUUAUAUUGUCGAGGAGUCGGAGUCUGCGGAGUCUGUGGCGCAUCACCAAAUUGGUGCAAAAGGCGCACCAUUGUCAGGAACAUCGAUCUUGACUUCGGCGACAUUGGCGACACUGUCGGCCGCAGUUAUUUCCAUAGCCCCGGAACCUGUACUGCUGCGGAAGAUGGCACCCUCGGAUAGGCUCCGCCCUGUCAAAAAGAUCAUAAAGAAAGAGACGUACUGGAAGGUCGUCUUCAAGACGGGCUACCCUAAGAUUUUGCAUUACUGCAACAACCGACUGUCCGUUCUCGCACCAUUCGGCCACGCAGGUCACCCGCCAUUGAAGGACUUUCACCGGGCAGACGUCCUUAGGCGCCACAAGAGGAGUGGGGAACACGGAAAGAAUUUUAGGCAGGCAUUCAGAGACAUCAGCUCCGGUCUGCACUUGCUGCUGGAGUUCGAUACCGAGUAUUUUGUGGAAUUGUCCGAGCUGGACUGA